CGCCACAGUAAUCUAAUCCAUACGACUCGAGGCCUGUAGACUACAUACAGCCCUCCGAAUUCUUACAGAAACGAAUACCUAGGACAUCGAAUUCACCUCGCGAACCACCAACCCGCGCCAGAUCCCGUUUUCACCCCGCUGCCCCUCUCGCCGCAGAAGGCACACAAAUCAAUCACCCCCGACUAAGGCGAAAAGCCUCCCUACUACCACAGCCAUGUCUCUCACAAAUUGCCGCUUCUAUGAGGAGAAGUACCCGGAGGUCGAGUCCUUCGUGAUGGUGAAUGUCAAGCAGAUCGCAGAAAUGGGCGCCUACGUGAAACUCCUCGAAUACGACAACAUCGACGGCAUGAUUCUGCUCUCCGAACUCUCGCGCCGACGUAUCAGGAGUAUCCAAAAGCUGAUUCGCGUGGGCCGGAACGAGGUCGUCGUCGUACUGAGGGUGGACAAAGAGAAGGGAUAUAUUGAUCUGUCGAAGCGGAGAGUGUCGCCCGAGGAUAUCGUGAAGUGCGAAGAACGGUAUAAUAAGAGCAAGAUGGUGCAUUCGAUCAUGCGACACGUGGCUGAGAAAACCAACACCCCAAUCGAGGAGCUCUACUCUACUAUCGGAUGGCCACUCAACAAGAAGUACGGUCACGCAGUUGAUGCGUUUAAGCUUUCCAUCACAAACCCAGAAGUGUGGUCCGGCAUCGAAUUCACCAAUGACGUAGUCAAGGACGAGCUACAAAGCUACAUAGGAAAGCGUUUGACGCCUCAACCCACCAAAGUCCGUUCCGACGUUGAGGUCACUUGCUUCGGCUACGAAGGCAUCGACGCCGUCAAGACCGCUCUCCGCUGCGCAGAAGCCAAGAAUACACCAGAUAACCACGUGAAGGUCAAGCUCGUCAGCCCGCCCCUUUAUGUCUUAACUAGCCAAUGUCUCGACAAGAAUGUCGGCAUCACCACUCUCACAGAUGCCAUCAAGGAAAUUGAAGAGAACAUCACGAAAGCCGGUGGCAAUCUUAUCGUCAAGAUGGCACCCAAGGCAGUUACCGAAAACGAUGACGCAGAACUGCAGGCAUUGAUGGAGAAGCGAGCGCGCGAGAACGAGGAGAUCAGCGGUGACGAAGACGAGAGCGCGAGCGACGAGGGUGGAGUUGUUGAGGCGGAUGCAUAGAGCCUCCAGCUGCUUUGAUCUCCAGUUUUCUGCAUCAGAAGGUAUGUGAGUGGUAGCCCCCCUUCGCCCUUAUUCUCUUUUCAGGCGAGCAGAGGUGGGGCUUGGACUGGCAGGUUGCGAUUAUGAGGCGGUAAAUAGGAAGAGAGGUAUGGCGAUAUGGCAAAGAAUGCGGAACGGCCCCGGAUGGUCAAGGGCGUAUACGACCAGCGUGCUAUGGUAGAGGUGGACGCUAUCGAACUUCAAGUUCAGGAAUGCGUCCUUUCUCAACAUAAAAGUCAAAUAAGACGACAAACGGUUACAAGUUACUUCACGUUCUACUCUCUUGCAGAGAUCAUCUUGAUAUCAAGCACUUUCCGUGGAUACAUAUGUGGUCGUC